GUAUAUCCUCGGUUGUCUCGGAAUCUAAUCCUAAUCUAAUGAAUCACUUAAUCGAACGUAUUUUGUUUGUGUUUCGUCGGUCUCAGGGCACCUAAUUGUGUCAGUGUUGUGAUUUGUUCCAAUUGAUAAUCGAUUAACGAAUAAGAUGAAUUACUGGAUUCCAAUUAUCUAGGAUGUGGUCAGCUGUAGCUACGAGUCCUGGAGCCGCAACGCCGCCCUCUCGGUCUAAACACUCCGCCACUCUCCUCGGCACCUACGUGUACCUCCUGGGCGGCAGGAACGGAAACUUGCCUCUCAAGGACCUGUGGAGGUACAGCCUAGAAGAGGGACGAUGGGAGCUUCUCAAGCCAGGAGGUGACUCCCCACCUUGUCUGCAGGAACACUCCGCUGUAGCCUACAGAGAAUGUCUCUACGUCUUUGGUGGCGAGUUGGGGUUCUCUGCUGGCAAUGAGACACCUCUCUGGAUCUACAACAUCAAGACUAACCAGUGGCGCAAGAUCAAGUCACAGAAGGGAGUGUCCGUGCCUAAAGGUAGACGUGGACACUCAGCCCUUGUACAUCGUGGAGCUAUGUUGCUCUAUGGUGGUUACAGAGACUUACGAGGCUCAUCAAACGAACUCUGGGCUUUCCACUUUGAGUCAGAGUCGUGGCACCUGUUGUCUUCUGGUCAGAACUGUCCACCGGCACGACACAAACACUCAGCUGUGGUCCAUGACGACUCCAUGUGGAUCUACGGAGGAAUGACUGAUCUCAACGAGCGUUCUGACCUAUGGAGGUUCAACAUGGUAUCUAAGACUUGGACUUCUGUGAAGACAAAGGUGAAUCCAGGGCCACUACACAGCCACGCCACGUGUAAGCUGCCGUCGUCCAUGAUAGUAUUCGGAGGAGAAAGAGACGGCCAGCCACUUAACGAGCUGUGGAGAUUUCAUUUUGGUACGGAGAGCUGGGAGCGGUUACACACAGAAGGUAUAAAGCCGCAGCCUAGGUCUGAGAGUGUUGCACUGACAGUAUCAGAUCUGCUACUGGGAGAGAGUGCUACGCAGAGAAGUUCGCCCCCUGUCCAGCGCAGACUGCGCGCGGGCGGCUCAGUCGACCGACGGUACCAUAGGUGGAGCGGAGGUGGCUACGACGGAUGUACCCCAGUGCGGAAACAACCCACGACGCCGACCGCAAACCUCAGUAUACUGCGCGAGAUCACCAAACUGUCUCAGAUGAACCUGAGUAGACUGGGUCCCACCAAAUGUAGCUACAGUGUUCUGAGUAGCAAUGAGAGCAUCGGAUCAGACAGUUCUACAGGGGAGAUGGUCAAGUCACAGAGUGUAAACCUGAUAGCUCGGACACUCGCCUCUCCUUGCGUGACCACCCCUCAUGUGACCUCAGUGCUUCCACGAGACCCCGUGUCUGUGCCGAACUUCACCUCCCUCGCCUCCUGUACACUCACUCCAGUUGAGGUGACAAAACUCGUCUACCUGGACGACGAAGAAGCUCCCAUCCCCGGACCCAGACAAGACUUUUCUUCCAUCCAUCAACAGUUUAGGCCCAAAAACUCAAAAGGACUUCCCAAGUCAGCUUCCGUGCGGUUCGGGAAUCCCCGCAUUACUCCAGAGGAACCCUCGGAUGAGACGUCGGACUACGCGAGUAUAGAAACCAUGAACAGAGUCACAUACACCAAAGAAGGACCUUACAGUUUCUCCAACCCAAACUACAUGGGUCCUGACAUCAAAGAAAUAUUGAAGAAAGAAGAAUACGUCAAGGUUUUGAGCAGUCCACCUGACAGUGUUUUGGAAGAUGCUUUCGGCCGCAGUAACAGUCGACAAGAGAUGCUAGAAAUGAAACCUGUUCCACCCAAGUCCCUGUCGAUAGUUCCGCAUCAUUAUAAUCAUCACGUAAAUGAGAAGAGGAAGAAGAACUUUAGAGAUAACCACCGAGCAAGCAGUGCUAGUCGAGCUGACAAAGAUCCUGUCACAUCUUUCAGUGUUUUUGUACUCGGAGGGAAAGAAACUGGGCAAGUCACUGUUUUCAAAAGACCACUUUCAGUUUGGAAGUUGAUUCUGACUUCUGAAAUUCAUUGAAGCUUUGGAAGUAAGGAAUCAGCCCAUGAGUAGUUUGACGUUGUGUAAAGAACCCAAAAUGUAUUGAAGUUUUACUUACAUAUUUAAACUAACAUUCCAUCUUAAUCUAAGUUUUACCUUGGAAGUCCUCAAAGCUCCUAUAUGAAUGUCUGAAUGAUGAAUAUCACAUUUUAUUCAGUAAUAUAUUGCUAAAUCUCAGUUAUAUUGGCAGAAUUCACCUUGAUAAUUUCAGUAAUUCCAGUAUUCAUCUUAAUACCAUUUCUGAGUUCUGAAAAAAAAUAGUCACCCUAAUGUUUGUACCCUAUAUUAUUUCAACCUGUAAUUUAUUUAAAAACUACUGUUAUUCAGACAAUAUGUUUUACUUGGUAACAUUUCCAACUAUAGCCGCAUGUUUUAGCCCUUAUACAAUCAAUAGUUCUACAGUUGAUAAACUUUAAAAACUUGUAUUCUUGUGAAUUAAUUUUUCUUUUCCCUAGUUAAACAUGACAAACUAUACUGGUACUAGACUACUUAUUUGAACUUCCCAAUACCCUUUGUAUAUCAAUCUGUUGCCAAAAAUACCAAGUAUCGGUAACCAUCCUAAAGAUUAUCGUUUAACUUGAUCAUAACUCAACAGAUCAGGGAAUGUUGAAAUAGCUGCCAUUAGACUUGUAGUAUGUAGUGUUAAUUGUAGUUAGUGUCUUCUGUGAUACAUGUAUUGCUCAUUCCACAUUUUAUUAGUCGAGAAGUAUAUUUAGACCGCAUCCAAAUCCCCUACCUUCAACAAAUAGUUUUCAAAGUUGCAAUAUUAAUCAUUUAUUAGCUUACCUAAAUAAAUUUGAAAAUAUUAUGAAAUGAAUCUACCAUCUUGAACCUAUGUUUUUAAACAGAAGUAAACCGCUUACAAUAUCAACAGUUGACAAAUUUCUUUUCGUUAUUCAUUUAUUUAAAACAAUGAAAUGAGGAAUGAGGCAAAAAAGUCAAUUCUGUGUUCAUUAGUGUUUCAAGUAUAAAUAUAUAGGCUACAUUUGUUUUUGUUUUCCAAGACAUAGUGUAAGUUAAAUGUUACCAUUUGAUACCAAAGUUUUUGACUGUUUAUGUUUUAUUUUGUGUUUAGUGUUAAUUUAUUAAAACACCAAUUACAGUAGAGCUUUUAGGUAGUUUUUUUUAAUUUAGUUUAUUAGCUAGUGCUAUUUUUUAUCCUGUUUUGUUAAGUUGAUGAAGUUGUUAGUAUUUGAAGCUUUGCUUAAGUUUUUGUUUGUUUGAUACCAUCAUUAUGCAAAGUUGAACCAUUGACUUUUGAUCCAUAUUGACCAGGUUUAGCCAGUUUGAGUUGAAUAGGUCUCUCGUAUAGAGAUGAUUUCUCACAAUUUAUUAUUGAGUCAGAUUUUCCCUUCUAAUUGAUCAUACAGUACUAUGACAGUUUGCAGGGACACAAAAUAUGCUCUAAUAAGUUAUCUUUUAAUUAUAGCAUUAAUCGGAGGUGUAAAGAGAGAAAACAGUAUUUCUUAGCUGCACAUUCUGCUAUUAUUUAAAUAAAAUUAUGACCUUGCAGCAAAUUUUCCAUAGAGACAGUCCCUAUUUUUAUUUUUUCAAACUGGCUACAACUAAGUGGGAAAAUGGAAUGUUUAAAUCAUGGUCAAGCAUCUUUAGUCAAAGGUCAAUUACAUUUUAAAUCGUAAAUAACUUCAAAAUAGGCUAUGAAAAGAUCAAGUGAAAAAAUCCAAUAGCUUAUGAAUUAUAGAGUUUUCUACAAAAUUAUAUAUUUUUGCUGAAGAAAACGUUUAACAGAUCUAGCAAGACUACAGUAGUCACAAAGUAGCUGAUAAAAACCAUUAUUUAAAUAGAUUUAACUGAAGUGUGGUGGGGUGGGAAGAGAAAUUUGGGGAAAUUUUUCCUAUUAAGGAUUAGACAUGGUGCUAGCACAAAAUAGUUAUUCUAUUAAAAAGCUUAAUACUAUACAAUUUGAAAUUUUGACUUCAUGUAUCUUAUACAUAAUUAAAGACUUAAUGCCAGGUUCUAGAUUGUUAAUUGCAGUUAGGCUUGAGUAAAAUAUAUAUUUUUGCAAAAUAGGUACACAAACGUCUGUGUGGAUAUCAAAGCCAGCUUUACAGUUGUCAAAAUUUUGAAUUCAACAACUCCUAUUCGUAUUGAGAGAAAGAAUUAUUUGAAUUAAUUGUGAAGUGUAAAGGUAUAGAAACUUGUAUGGUAAAAUUUAUUUUUGUCAGAUUAUAAAAUCCUCACACCACCACCUUUUCACGCAAAAUGUCAAUUUUAUUGGUCAACAAUAGAGUUAGCCUUUUAUUGACAAAUUGUUUUUAUAAUUUUGACAACUAAUAUUGAUUAAUCAACUUUCAUAAACCUGUAUG